AUGCCUGCUGCACCUCUUGUUUGGCUCAUCACCGGAUGCUCGUCUGGAAUAGGUCGAGCGCUUGCGAUUGCGGCCAUCAAGCGAGGCGAUCUUGUCAUAGCCACUACACGUGCAAAGUCAUUCGACACCAUCAGGAACUUGACGGAAAUUGGGGCGCACAUAAUGGAACUCGACGUUACGGCGAGUUUAGAUCAUUUGAAGGAAGUUGCAGCGGAAGCGGUCAAGGUCUAUGGCCGUGUGGACGUCGUCAUGAAUAACGCUGGGUUUGCCUUGCGUGGAAGCUUGGAAGAAACAUCACACGAGGACUCAUUGGCACAGUUCAAUACAAACCUAUUUGGUGCACUUAACGUCUCUCGCACUUUCCUUCCCCAUAUGCGUGAGCGAGGCACCGGCACCAUCUGCUUUAUCGGAUCCUGCUUUGGAUGGGCUCCCUUCCCCUUUACUGGACUAUACAACGCGAGCAAGUUUGCUCUUCGAGGAAUGGCGGAUACAUUAAACCAAGAGAUCUCCCAGUUUGGACUUCGCAGCAUCUGUUUUGAUUCUGGGUGCUUCCGUACACAGAUUAUAGAUCACAUUGCCCCGAUAGUUUCAAACAUUGAUGCUUACAAUGAAGCAGGGCAUAGCAAUAACACUUUACUAUUUUCCCUUAACGGAAAACAGAAGGGUGACCCAGAGCGAGGGGUGAACGUCAUUAUUGACGUAGUCAAGAGGGAAGGACUGGCGGCGGUACUGAGCGACGAUGAAAUUCCGUCUGGGUUUGCACUCGGGCAAGACUGCUAUAACGCGGUGAAGGAAGAAUGCGAGAAAACUUUGGCUAGGCUGGAGAAAUGGAAAGCACUGACAUUCAGCACCGAUUAUCCUGAUAAUUAG